GCAAGUAGGGGGUGCGCUGGUGUCGCGCGCGCGCUGAGGGGGGCGCUGUUGGGCGGAGGCGCGCGCUGAGGGGGGGCGCUGCUGCCCCGGGGCGCCCCCCCCCACCCCCACGUCGGGCCGCGACGGGCGAGCGGCGGCGGCGGGAGCGCGUCCCGUCCCGCUCCUGAGGAGCCGCCGCCGCCGCCGCUCGCCAACAUGGCGGACCUGGAGGCCGUGCUGGCCGAUGUGAGCUACCUGAUGGCCAUGGAGAAGAGCAAGGCCACGCCGGCUGCCCGCGCCAGCAAGAAGAUCGUCCUGCCCGAGCCCAGUAUCCGGAGUGUGAUGCAGAAGUACCUUCAGGAGAGAAAUGAAAUAACCUUUGACAAGAUUUUCAAUCAGAAAAUCGGUUUCUUGCUAUUUAAAGACUUUUGUUUGAAUGAGAUUAACGAAGCUGUACCUCAGGUGAAGUUUUAUGAAGAGAUCAAAGAGUAUGAAAAGCUCGACAAUGAAGAAGACCGCCUGUGUAGAAGUCGCCAAAUCUACGACGCCUAUAUCAUGAAGGAGCUGCUGUCCUGUUCGCACCCAUUCUCGAAGCAAGCCGUGGAGCAUGUGCAAAGUCAUCUGUCCAAGAAGCAAGUGACAUCCACCCUGUUCCAGCCGUACAUAGAAGAAAUCUGUGAAAGUCUUCGAGGCAACAUUUUUCAAAAGUUUAUGGAAAGUGACAAGUUCACUAGAUUUUGUCAGUGGAAAAACGUAGAAUUAAAUAUCCAUUUGACCAUGAAUGAUUUCAGCGUCCACAGGAUCAUCGGACGAGGAGGAUUUGGAGAAGUGUAUGGCUGCAGGAAAGCAGACACUGGAAAAAUGUACGCGAUGAAGUGCUUGGACAAGAAGAGGAUCAAGAUGAAACAAGGGGAAACGCUGGCCCUGAACGAGAGGAUCAUGCUGUCUCUUGUCAGUACGGGAGACUGUCCUUUCAUUGUGUGUAUGACCUAUGCCUUCCACACUCCAGAUAAACUCUGCUUCAUCCUGGACCUGAUGAACGGGGGCGACCUGCACUACCACCUCUCCCAGCACGGGGUGUUCUCCGAGAAGGAGAUGCGGUUCUACGCCACCGAGAUCAUCCUGGGGCUGGAACACAUGCACAACCGCUUUGUUGUCUACAGGGAUCUGAAGCCCGCAAAUAUCCUCCUGGACGAGCACGGACACGUGAGGAUCUCAGACCUCGGGCUCGCCUGCGAUUUCUCCAGGAAGAAGCCACACGCGAGCGUGGGCACCCACGGGUACAUGGCUCCCGAGGUGCUGCAGAAGGGGACAGCCUACGACAGCAGCGCCGACUGGUUCUCCCUGGGCUGCAUGCUCUUCAAGCUGCUGCGAGGCCACAGCCCUUUCAGGCAGCACAAAACCAAAGACAAGCACGAGAUUGACCGGAUGACGCUCACCGUGAACGUGGAGCUCCCCGACACCUUCUCCCCGGAGCUGCAGUCUCUCUUGGAAGGCCUGCUCCAGCGAGACGUGGGCAAGCGGCUGGGCUGUCACGGAGGCGGGGCGCAGGAAGUGAAGGAGCACAGCUUCUUCAGGGGCGUCGACUGGCAGCACGUCUACUUGCAGAAGUACCCGCCGCCCUUGAUUCCUCCCCGUGGAGAAGUCAACGCCGCCGACGCCUUUGACAUCGGCUCCUUUGACGAAGAGGACACCAAAGGCAUCAAGCUGCUGGACUGCGACCAAGAGCUGUACAAGAACUUCCCCUUGGUCAUCUCCGAGCGCUGGCAGCAGGAAGUCGCCGAAACGGUGUACGAAGCAGUGAACGCGGACACGGAUAAAAUUGAGGCCAGGAAGAGAGCGAAAAAUAAGCAGCUUGGGCAUGAGGAAGACUACGCCCUGGGCAGAGACUGCAUCAUGCACGGGUACAUGCUGAAGCUGGGCAGCCCCUUCCUGACGCAGUGGCAGCGGCGCUACUUCUACCUCUUCCCCAACCGGCUCGAGUGGAGAGGGGAGGGCGAGUCUCGGCAAAGUUUGCUGACAAUGGAGCAGAUUGUAUCUGUGGAAGAAACGCAGAUUAAAGACAAAAAAUGCAUCUUGUUCAGAAUAAAGGCAGGGAAGCAGUUCGUCUUGCAGUGUGAGAGCGAUCCAGAGUUUGUGCAGUGGAAGAAGGAGUUGACGGAAACGUUCACGGAGGCCCAGCGGCUCCUGCGCCGGGCGCCCAAGUUCCUCAACAAACCCCGGCCGGGCGUCAUGGAGCUCUCCAAGCCACCCCUGUGUCACAGGAACAGCAACGGCCUCUGACCCCCAGGGGCAGACGCGUCCUCCGGGAGUCGGCCCCGGGGGGGCUGGGCCCUUGAAUCAGAGCCUGCGGGAGAAGGUGCCCACGCAGGGGUCUCUCCGUGGCUGGCGAAGACCCAAGGCGCCAGGUGCUCCUAGUAGGAGUGGGGAGCACGCCCCAGGCAGGGCCAGCCUCGCCCCCUGCUGGACAGCGUCUGUCCACGCUCCAGACUACUGAGGGAAUCCGAGUUCUUUCUUGGCUACACACUGAUUUUGGAAUCUGCGAACCUAGAACUUGAGGUGACUCCACGUAACUGUCUAUGUCUGGUACCAGACAUACCUUGGACUUUCUGGGAUGGAACUGAAGCAUCUGCAGCCCGAAGCGUUGCCGGAUUCCGUGGGGUAGCCGGCCACCGCGGGUUCUCCGCAUCCGAGCUCCGAGCUCCGGGCCGUGUUGCUGCUGUGCCCUGUGGAACCCAUGUCCCAUCUUCGUCCUGGGACUCCAAGUUGAAGAUGCCCCCUGGCCAGGGUGCCCUCGGGGCCUGACACGCCUGCCCCGCCCCCGGCAUCUGCUCUGAGGGGCCCCCACUUCCCUGGGGGUGAUGGGCUCACAUUCUCAAAACAUAUGGGAGUCGCGAAUGAUCCAAGACACUCUUCUGUCAAUCACUGGAAAGGUUGUGCAGGGAUUCCGCUGGAGAAACGGUGGAGUUUGAGAUUUCAGGGGAAAACAGCGAUUUUCAACCCCCCCCCCCCCCCCCCCCCCCCGCCAAGUGCAUUGUGCUACGAUAACCGGCACCUGCCCGCGUCUGUCUCAGGUCCGGACAGGUGGCCGUGGGCUCCUCCUGUCCGACCCCGGGAGGCGUCAGUCAGGGAUGUGUCAAAGAAGAAAAAGAAUUGCUUCAUUUUACGUGUUAGUGUCAUUUAAGAUGAAUUUGAUCCGGGAAAAAAAGACUGCGGGAGACCAGCCACGUCCCCACAAGUCAGGGCUAUGCGUCAGCGCUCCCGCUGGCCUCCCCCGCCGUGGAGCACCCCUGGGCGCUGCGUGACUCUGCCGUAGAGUCCCAGCCGGGCCCUCCCCCGUGCCCCACUGUUGCCGCCAAACAAAUGCUGGGUCAUAGAAACCCGCCAAGUCCCCCUUUGUCCAUAGGCUGAAAAAUAAUAAUAAUUUCAAAAGUCCACAUUUGUCCUGUUCUUGGUAGAGUUUUCUUGUAUGUCUCUGUUAACGACUAACAGCAUAAAGAAGUUGACUCCAUGAUUAUUUGCAGCCUGUCCUGGCUGUGGCGGGCGAUUCCACGGUCUUUGUUUUCCUGACUGUGUGCUCCGCCCAGCGGGGAAGGAAGCACUUGUUCACAAAACCGUAUUUGGAGCAUUUGGACAUUUGGAGGUUCAUCCACAGAAAGGAUAUGUGGUUUCAUAGGAACCACUUUGGGGGAAAAUAUUGGGGUUCCUUAUCCUUCCCAGUUCCUGAUUGUGGCUUCAGUGAACACACGUCCUCCGUUGCGCCAUCUCCGGGGCACCAGGCGCGUGUACGGUUCACGUGUGUUCUCCUGAUUUACAAGGGAAGAGCAUCAUGCAGAUUCUGUUCUUUAAAAACAAACAAACAAACAAAAAAACCCCAGCGCCACCACUGGGGACAGAGGACAGAGAAGCAGUUGCUCUUUUUAAGGGGCGGGUGUCUUCCCAGCUGUGGCGCUCACAGCCGUGACUGUCGAGGGUCCCACGUGCUCAUCCCUGCCAGGCAGGUAGCACCACUGCUCCGGCCCGGCCUCCCUGGGGGCAGGGGCUGCUGCCGAGGGGGCCGGGACUCCAGCCGGAGCCGGGCAGCAGCUCCUCGCGAGCAUCUCCCGCCUCGGGGCUUAGCUACAGCCAGGUGUUCGGAGCCAUCAGGGAACUGCCGCAGCCAAGCCUUCCACAAAUACGAGUUCUUUCUCUCUGCCUUUCAGACACAAUGGAAAAAGGACAUUUUUAAAAAUUUAAAAGGGGUGUGCGUUUGGUACAGCAGUGUAGACGCCGCUUGGGGGGACAUAUCCCACAUGGAUAGCAAAGUACCUGGGUUUGAAGCCCGCCUCUGCUGCUGGUCCCAGCUUGCUGCUAGCGUGCACCCGCGGGAGGCAGCCGGGUAGCACGAGGAACUGGGUCCCUGCCACCCACAGGGGAGACUCGGACUGAGUUCUCAACUCAGCCUGGCCCUGCCUCUGCUCGCUGGGGACAUUUGGGCAGUGAGCCAGCAGAGUGAAGGUCUCUGCCUGUCAGAUAAAAUGGAAAAUUUUUAAAAACUAAAUUUUUUGGCUGGCGCUGUGGCUCACUAGGCUAAUGCUCCACCUGUGGCGCCGGCACACCGGGUUCUAGUCCCGGUCGGGGCACCGGAUUCUGUUCCAGUUGCCCCUCUUCCAGGCCAGCUCUCUGCUGUGGCCUGGGAGUGCAGUGGAGGAUGGCCCAGGUCCUUGGGCCCUGUACCUGCAUGGGAGACCAGGAGAAGCACCUGGCUCCUGGCUUCGGAUUGGCACAGCGCACCAGCCGUAGCGGCCAUUUUGGGGGUGAACCAACAGAAAAGGAAGACCUUUCCCUCUGUCUCCCUAACUCUGCCUGUCCAAAAAAAAAAAAAAAAAAAAAUUUUUUUUUGCUCUACAAUAGAACUUAGUUAUUUUCUCUUAAAGAAAAUAUGAAUUGGAAAAAUACCUUGAGGAAUCCUUUUGCCUCAAACCUAGGAGGAUGCUUUGAAAAGCUCGUGCAUAGGGCCGGCGCUGCAGCUCACUAGGCUAAUCCUCCGCCUGCGGUGCCAGCACCCCGGGUUCUAGUCCUGGUUGGGGCGCCGGAUUCUGUCCUGGUUGCUCCUCUUCCACUUCAGCUCUCUGCUGUGGCCCGGGAAGGCAGUGGAGGAUGACUCCUGGCCAUUUGGGGGGUGAACCAACAGAAGGAAGACCUUUCUCUCCGUCUCUCUCUCUCACUGUCUAACUCUGCCUGUCAAAAAAAAAAAAAAAAAAAAAAGCAAAAAAAAAAAAAAACCAAAAA